CGGGGCUGGCUAAAGAUUUGUGUAUGUCCAGGGAUCAUACCCAACCUUCUCCUUUGGAGUACAAUGCAACACAGACAAUACUGAUUCAGUGUUUUAAAACACAGCCAGUACUCUCACACCUGUCACUAACUGGCUGAUGCCAGGCAAGCACACAUGAGCCACAAGACCCCCAAAAUGGUGAGUAGCUGCAGGGGCAGGGUAAAUCACUCUUCCCGGACCCUGCUGUACACUGGGCACGUGGCUCUUGGGGAGAGCCAGCACUGUGGGGGAGCCUGAUAAUCAUUCCUGUCCCCACACUUUCCACAGGAUGUGAUAAUUAUGAAAGAUAUCUUACUGCUGAGGGUGAGCAAGGAAGCGAGGGAGGGUCUUCUCCAAGACUGCUGCUUCCACCCUGGCCCCUAUGCGGCUCACCUGUGUGCAGCAAUGGUACCUCCUCUUCCCACCCUUCCCGUGACAUAGUGGAGCAGGAAAGUUACCAUUAAUGGGGCAAGAAACAAAGCAGCUCUGCUGAAGAACCUGCGGCAGCAGAUUGCCCAGUAUCUCCACAAGAGUUUCCUGGAGAUCUCUGAGGGAGAUUCCCAUGAAGUGAAGGAAUCAAUCAACAUCCUGUUCCGCCACUCAGACUAGGCAUGUGGUGGGAGACAAACCUGCUUUCUGCAAACCUCCUGCCCCCAACUCCUUGCUUCAGCAAUUCCCAAAAUCAAAUCCACUUACCGAGGGCCGCCUCUCCUGUUUGUGCUUUGCCAACAUCCAACAGCUGUGACUAGCUAGCCUCUGAGUUAUCCUCUGCCACCACAUCCUUGUCCAAGAUUUCCUCCUCCUGGCUCAGUCCACUCUCAACUGGCACGUGAGCCACCGAAGUAUCCACGGUGGUCUUCAUAUGGUUUUCAUAGUGAAGGUGGGGUCACAGCUGAGUAUUGCAUCCAGCUCUUUGUAGACCCCGCAGCUCGUGGGCGCAGCACCAGAGCAGCUGUUUGUUUCCCAUGCCUUGUGGUAGGCAUUCCGCAGCUCCUUCACUUUGAGCCUGCACUGCAGUGUGUCCCGGUCAUGGCCCCUUUCUGUCCUGCAUUGUGAAAUUUGUCCGUAGGUAUCAUAAUUCCUACAGCUGGAGCACAGCUGUGACUGGACGGCCUCCUCUUUCCCAAAUGUUGAUGAGCUCCCGCAGCUCAGCAUUUCUCCAAAUGGGGGAUUGCCUGGUGCGUAGAGCAGGCAUGGCCACCUUAAGGUGACCAGAUAGAAAGUGUGAAAAAUCAGGACAAGGGGUGGGGGGGUAAUAGGCACUUAUAUAAGAAAAAGCCCCAAAUACCAGGACUGUCCCUAGAAAAUCGGGACAUCUCGUCACCUUAGGCCACCUGGAAAGAUUCACUGAGACCCCUGCACGUGUCACUGAGCAAACAGGAAGGGGACUUUCAAAAUUCCAAAGGAAUUUACGGGGUGGGGAUGACGGUUGGUCACCUGAAGGCAGGGCAGUAGAGUUCAAACCGAUGACCAUAGAGGUGAGAACAGGCAUUGUGGGCCACCUCCCGGAGGCCAAUCACAGAGCUGUAAUCGACGACGGUGUCUACGCUGGCACCGCAGCGCUGUAGCCUCGGCACAGAAAGCUGUACGCCUCUUGUUGGGGUGGUUUUUCCAAAGCGCUACAACUGCGCGGUUCCUGUGUACUAAGUGGUUUGGCCGUGUGUACACCUUGGGAGUUACAGCGCAGAAACUUGCUAGUGUAGACAGGGCCCCAGGAAUCAAGUUGGAUCAGUGAGGCGUGGUCUGCACCUCAAAUGUAGGUUGAGCUACCUAUGUUGCUCAGGGCUGUGAAAAAUUUCAAGUCCUCUAUGGUGUGGAAGAGUCAACCUAACCCCCACUGUGGAUACGGGUAGAUCAGUGGAAGAAUUCUUCCAUCAGCCUAGCUGUUGCUUCUUGGAGAGGUGGAUUGCCUUUGUAGACAGAAAAACCCUUUCUGUUGCUGUAGCAAGAGUCUGCACUGCAGUACUUGUGUAGGUAUACGCUGAGUCUCUCUGUCUUGAGAAAAGAGCUCUGUCCUUUGGGGAGGAGGUGAUUACUGUGUCUUCUUCCAUUAGUCAGAACCUAAGAACUGAUUUGAAACUUCUUCUCUCCCACUCAGUUCAUAUAGGUCUCUGCCCCUAAUUAUAUCCUUCCUGCCUAUAGUACAAUUAAACUACACACAACUGGUCCACUGAUUCUCUUGUUCUGAAUGUGUAAAGCCCCUCAUCCGACAAGUCUGCAAAUAUCGAAAAACAUGUUUAACUUUGGGAGUAGUCCUAUUGAACUUGUAUAUGUUUUUACAGGACUGGGCUACAGGCUGUGCAUACACUUAAUAUUUUUAGAAAUUCUUGCACAAGUGGUCACUGCAGCUUCAGCAGUGCUGGUAAUGGAAGAACACAAGUGCAUUUUAACCUCUGCUGCCUGCAUCCAGUCUACAUUAACGUUCCCACCAUUUUCAGAGAGAAGCGAUGACAGUAAAACUGUUGGGAUUCCUGGCUAGAUGUUCCCAUGUUUUAAUGAAAAUAUGUGAAUGCCAAGGCCGUCAUAAACCUAGGCAUCCAGUGUUAAAACUAAGCAAUGAUGUUGUCAGGGCAUCAUUCAGAACUCUAGCACCAAACAAAGACUUGAACUUGUGCACUCCUGAAACUGCUACCUGUUGCUUGACAAAUCUGUGUGUGCGACUCAAGAAUUGGCAAAUGUCAGAAGCAAAAAUUGUGAAUUACCAGAUCGGAGAAGUUUAUCCUCCAUUCAGGGACCAUUUCGAUACUCUAAGGACCGUGAACUACAAGCAUGGACUAAGUAGUGCUAGAAAGUUUAUGAAAAUACCAACAAGACCUUACUCAGUUGUAUCAACUAGUAAAAUACUGCCAAAACAAAGUAUUCUGCCAACUAAGAGACCACCGAAGGCACCUAGGACCAAACAGCCAUCCAGAGCUAACCAGCCACUAGUGUCAGAAACUGAGGAUCUGAUGCAGUGCACAGCCUUCGCAACAGCAGAUGAAUAUCAUCUUGGUAAUCUGUGUCAUGACCUGACUUCAUAUGGAUAUGUUGAAAUAACAAGUUUGCCUAGAGAUGCAGCAAAUGUUUUGGUGAUUGGCACAGAAAAUGCUGCAAAAGAAUAUGAUCUUGGUAUGAUUUUUUUCUUCAGGGAAGGGUCUGUUGUGUUUUGGAAUGUGGAAGAGAAAACUAUGAAGAAAAUAAUGCAAGUGCUGGAGCGGCAUGAAAUUCAGCCUUAUGAAGUUGCACUGGUUCACUGGGAGAAUGAAGAAAUUAACUACAGGAGAGGAGAAGGCCAGUCAAAGCUCCACAGAGGAGAAAUCUUGUUAAAUUCUGACCUGGAUAUUGAGGAAGUAAUUCUGCAGAAAUUUGCCUUUUCAAAUGCUCUUUGCCUUUCUGUAAAACUGGCCAUUUGGGAAUCAUCCUUGGAUAAUUUUGUGGAAUCUAUCCAGUCAAUUCCUGAGAUAUUAAAAUCAAGAAAAAAAGUGAAACUCUCUCAUGCUGAUGUAAUGCAGAAAAUUGGGGAACUCUUUGCCUUACGGCACUGUAUAAAUCUGAGUUCAGACCUGCUGAUAACUCCUGACUUCUACUGGGACAGAGAGAAUCUUGAAGAGCUUUAUGACAAAACCUGUCAGUUUCUCAGCAUUAAUCGCAGAGUUAAAGUAAUGAAUGAGAAACUUCAGCACUGCAUGGAGCUGACGGACCUGAUGCGAAAUCACCUGAAUGAAAAACGUGCCCUGCGCUUGGAAUGGAUGAUAGUCAUACUCAUCACUAUAGAGGUCAUGUUUGAACUUGCCAGAGUAGUUUUCUGACCAUGGCAGAAGCUAAGAACAUCUGAAAAAAGUAUGACCGGACCAUAUUCACAACCAAAAAAAGUUCCUACUCCCACCUCUUUAUUUUCUGUACAUUUCUGGAAAAUGCUGUAAUUGUCUUACUAAAUAAAUAUAGUUAUGUAUAAAUGUACAUCUGUUCAAAUAAACUGUGAAAUUAGUGAAUAAAUCAUGAGUUAGGUUCAGCACUACUAGACAACUGAUCUUUUGAUAUAACACUAUAGAAUGUAUGCAUUUUAAGUGAAGUUUCUGCAGUGAGUAGGAAAUGCUGUGUCAAUAAAUGUCUCCAAUGUGACAGUUUUGCCUCAA